AUGAACUACAAGGAUUUCUUGGUCAUCCUCUCAACAACCUGUGCACAGAUUAUGGGAUUUACAACAUUGCACUUCCUGAUUGAACCUUCAGAUGCUGUCACUACACGGGGAAGUAACAUUUUGUUGAAUUGUACGGCAGAAUCAGAUCAAGGAUUUCCUGUAAUCAAAUGGAAAAAGGAUGGUGUCUUUUUAAACUUGGCAGUGGAUGAGAGAAGGCAACAGUUUUCCAAUGGAUCUCUUUUGAUAGAAAAUAUUGUCCAUUCCAGACAUCAUAAACCUGAUGAAGGCCUUUAUCAAUGUGAAGCAUCAUUAGAAGGAACUGGAGCUAUCAUCAGUCGAACAGCCAAAGUUUCAGUAGCAGGUCCACUGAGGUUUCUGUCCCAGACAGACUCUGUCACAGCAUUUGCAGGUGACACCGUUUUAUUAAAGUGUGAAGUUGUUGGUGAACCUAUGCCUACAGUCCAUUGGCAGAGGAACCAAGAAGAUCUACUUCUGAAUCCUGGUGACACUCGAGUAGCUAUUUUGCCUUCUGGAUCUUUACAAAUCAGUCGAAUUCAAGUAGGGGACAGUGGAAUCUAUAGAUGCCUUGCCAAAAAUCCUGCCAGUUCAAGGACUGGAAACGAAGCAGAAGUCCGAGUUUUAUCAGAUCCUGGUUUGCACAGGCAGCAAUUUUUUCUUCAGAGACCAUCCAAUGUGGUGGUUGUAGAAGGGAAAGACGCCAUUUUGGAGUGCUGUGUUUCAGGUUAUCCAGCCCCAGCAUUUACGUGGCUGCGAGGAGAUGAAUCAAUCUCAUUCAGAUCCAAAAAAUAUUCACUGUUGGCUGGCAGUAACUUAUUGAUUUCUAAUGCAACGGAUGAUGACUCUGGAAGUUAUAUCUGUGUGGUCACGUACAGAGAUGAGAAUAGUAGUGCAUUAGCUGAAUUAUCAGUACUGG